GUUUGGUGUAUAUCUACCUUGCUUUGUCGACAGAAUUUCUUGGAAAUGGGCCGUACUGUCCUAAGAAUCUACACAGAGCGGGACGUUUACUCAUGCCCCAAAUUGAGCGGAGAUGGUAAAAUGUCUCGAAUGUAGCUGCGCGUAUUUACCUCAAGAAGGGCUAAAGUACCUAAAGUACGGUAGAGCAAUUUUUUUCAAGACUUCGUAUAAGUGUAUUUGUGUGAGACCAAUAGCACAGCUCACUGACUGGAUGGAUAGAAGACAGACGAAUAUGAAUGAGGAAAGGCGUCCACUAAUAGCUUCAGGUGGUUUACAUACCACAAGUAUAACCUUAGAAGAGUAUGGAAGGGCUAUUCGUAUCAACGAUAGUGCUUUUGCAGCCACGAAUCACUUUAUUCGUCAAAGUAGACCAUUUUUUCCAAAAAGAAAAUUGCGCGAAUACUUUUACUUUAAGCGGAUGAGAUGGCUUAUUGCUUUACUUUUUCUUGCUAAUUUCCUCUGUUUUGACAGUCUUUACAUGGCAUUGGCAAUGGAUACCAUGAAUCUGCUCUUAUUGUUCAUAUUCUUACAGCAUCAAUUUGUUAACUGUUGCACCAUGACCUAUGUUCGAAGCCAACCUGUCAUCGACAGCCAACAAGCAUGGAAUACGUUUUACAAGUUUUCAGUUCGUGAGCUACAUGGUGCUUUUUUACACAUCUAUGAAAGUGGCUUAGGAUACGUAGCCCUCAGUGAACAAGAGGUACAAGUCCAGGUUUUUAACAAAGUGGCUGAUAUGUACAUGAAACAUGCACAAUGCUACUCAAUAUGGUUUCUUUUGCUUAUCAUAUUAAUGGCAAGCUACAGUGGCUUCUGGUCAUAUGCACAUUGGGGUGAAUGGAAAUCAUGUCAGCAAUUUAAACACUUUAGAUAAAUUGCCAAUUUUUGCCUUUCAUACUACUUAAUUUUAUUUUAAAGCUUAGCAUUUUAGCUAGAUAUAUAAAGAAAGUAUAUAUAUAAGAAAUUUUUUAGCUUAUUAUUUUUUAGCUUAUUAUUUUUGGUGAUUUUCUUAAAUGUCUUAAUAAUGGAGUCUUUUAAGGUUACUGAGUUGUGGUUGCAGUAGUUGAAAAUUUAAGAUUGGUACCCAACAGAAUAUUUAAAAACACUAGUCGUUAGCCCGUGGAAAAUCCACGGGUUCGCCCAUCCUUUUUAUACCACAUUGCGUGCUUCUAGCUAUUGUGCAGCUAAGCUACCAUUUUGCGUGACAUACAGACACAUGUAUACGGGUAUUUUAAUAUAGAUAAUUGUAAAUUAUUUAAACAUAGGAGACUGAAAAUACAAAUAAUAAAUGUCCCCUGUAGAAAAUAAGCUGAGUAAUGUAUGUGAUAAAUGUGUGUUAAAAUUUAAUGUACAGUGAUAUUGAUUUUUUUCCGUAAGUCUAUAAGUAAUCCGGUUAAAUUUUUACAAAGUAUAUUCAGAUUGUUAGUUGUAAAUUAAUGUAUUUUCUUAAACAGAAUUUACACGAAAAAGUGUUGCAGGAAUAAAAAAAAUUAUUUUUAGUUAUUUUUAUUUAAAUGAGAAAACAACAAAUCAUUGAAAUUACGAUCUCAUUCUCAGUGCUUCUUUUUCCCUUUCUGAUGUCUGAAUGGCAGGAAAUAAUUAUCUCAAGUACUAUUUAUUAAAAAUACCUUCCUCUCUGCAGUGUUUCCCGUAUGUCAUCUCGAACACCAGAUCUCAGAAGAAUUUCAUUUUGCGAAUAGAGUUUUAAUAAUAAUAUGAUAAAGUUUCAAUGACCGAUUUUUAUUACAUAAUUUGGCAUAUGUUUGGCAUUUCAGAUCAUUAUUUUGUUGUUCUAAACAAUUGAACUAAAUUGUUCUUAACUUUAUAUUGUAGUCUGAUAUUCUUAUUAUUAAGCAUGUAUUUUAACUAAAAGGUGCAGCGCAAGUUUACGACUAUCCUCAGUUUUUUAGGUUUUUUCUACGUUAGGAAAAAACCCAAAAAAAAAGUCCUGUAAAACCUAUAUAGUUACCCGGACGAAGUUGCGAUUAUACAAAUAAUUAAAGGCGUUUUUUGUCCUUCAUCAAAGUCGAAGGGGCAAAAAUGGUUAAAUUAAAUGCACACACAAUGGCUUACUAUACUCCUGAAUUUCGCGAAUAAUGAAAUUGAAAGAAAUUCGAUAGAAUACAUUUUCGCCAAUGGCAACUGGCAAUUAAAGCAUUUAGCGAACAGUACAAAAAUUCGCAAAGUGGCGAAAAUUUAUAUAUUAAAUCCAUACAAACCUGGGUUAACAGCAAAA